AUGCUAAACGCAUUAAUUGAUGUACAUAAAAAUACAUGUUAAAUUGAAGAAUGUGUAUUUAAGAACAAAAAAUAAAUAAAUUUAAAAAUAGGUUUAUCAAAAGAUGAAAAUUUAUCAUAAAGAGAUCAUAAUAUCAUUCUUUUGCUAGGAGAAAUUUAUUAAAGAACUCUUAGAAAGCACUCUACAUUUGUGAGGUUAAGAAUUAAUUAUGCAUUUUAUUUAUUAGAUUAUUUGAAAUAAAGAUAAUAAGCAUUAAAUGAAUUAAUAUAAGGAGAAUAAUUAUGUCCAAGUUUAGAUAAUGAGUUUAUAAUAUUUAGAUAUAAAAAGGUAAUAGAAGAUGAAAUGAAUGCAGUAUAGAAUGAAAAUAUGGGAAAUUUAGAUGUAGCAACAGAAUUAGCAUUUUAAAAUCAUAUGAGAUCAUUUUAAAAUAAAAUAGAAAGAGCAACAUUAAUGCAUAUGGACUUUUGGUCUUAAUUAUAAGAAGAUUCACCUGAUUUAGGUAAAAUGAAUGAUAUUGGUGCUAAAAUUAAUUUAGCUAUUACUUAAGUUGAAGAAUUAUGGAAUAAAAUGUAAAAAAUGACUUAAAAUUUACCUAAAGCUAUGAGAUUAUAUGGAAAAUUUAUUAUUGAAGUAUUAUAAGAUAAAGAUUAUGGAGAAGAAUUAUUAGAAAAAGCGAAAACAUUAUAAAUUUAAAAUAAUAAAAUGAAAAAUAAAUCUCAAAUUUAAAUCUUUAAUUGUGAAGAUAUUAUUUUUGAGUCUCUUCCAACGUUAAUUGUAUCUGUUUAGAAUGAAAAAUUUGCUUAAAUUACUAGUUUAAAUUUAAGUGCUUGUAAUUUAUUGGGUUAUCAUAAAAAUGAAUUAUUAAAUAGAAGAAUAAAUAUAAUCAUACCAUCAAUUUAUGCAAAAUUUCAUGAUUAAUUUAUUGAGAGUUUUUAAGAACUAAAUGAUUCUUCAAAGACAUAAAGAGAAAAACUUAUUUAUUUAAGAUUAAAAUCAGGAUACAUAUUGCCUUGCUAUUUAUAGUUAAAAAUGCUUCAAUCAGCUGAAGAAAACAGCUAAUUAGUAGUUUAAUUUAAGAAUUUACGUAAUUUUAAAAAUUCCUGUUAUAUUAUUUUAGAUGCAGAUGAAUCUAUUGAGAGUGUCUCAUCUUCUUGUAUUUGUAAUAUAUUUAUAGAUCAGAAAAUGAUUAGCCAUAAAAAGAUAUUUAUUUAAGAGAUUUUUCCUAAUUUUAAUAGGAAUGAUUAUUUAAAUAAAAAUGGGUGUAAAAUUUGGUUAAAUUUAUAGAAUUCUUUAAUUUAGAAUUCCAAUUAUAUAUAAUAUUACAUUAAUGAUAUGGAUGAAACUUAGAUAGAAUUUCAAAUUUAGUUAAAUGAAAUUGAAAAUGAAAAAAUAGGUUAAGUUUUUGGUUAUGUAAUUAAAUUAGAGAAGAUAGUUGCUAAUUAAAGUUUUUUAGUUACUCCUGAUAUAGUAUAAUAAUUAGCGAUUCCAAAUUAAAGUUGUAAUAGUUUUUAAUUUAAAUAUUAUCCGAAUAAAGCAUUAUUUGUAGGUGAAAAUUAAGAUGAAAUUAAUUCUGCUCGUGUAGAUCAGACUGUAAUAUGGGAAUAUACAUCUAGGACAAGUGAAGAAACUUAAGAAGAAAAAAAGAUGGUAAAUGAAGAAAAUAAAACAAAUAAAAUUAAUUAUGCUGAAGGUAUAAGAACUCUUAAAUUGUUUGAAAAUAGAAUAUAAGAUUUAGAGGAUAUAAAAUUAGAUUGUUCAGAAUAAGAUGAAGAAUAACACUCAAGUGUAUUUUAAAGAAACUAGGAUAAUUAAGAUGAAAUAGAGUUUGGAUAAAAACAUAAUAUAUUUCGUAAUCGAAAAUCAUUAAGUUCAGCAAUAAAUAAUUAACAAAUUCCAAAUGUUAUGGUAUAUUUGAGUUGGAUAAUUAAUAUUUUGAUGUUGGGUGUUUUAUCUCUAUCUUUUACAUCUUAUUUUGUUGGAUUGUUCUUAUUUUAAAAUAUCCAAGAUUCAUUAAGUUUAUUAGCUUAUGCUACAACAAGAAAUUUAGAAUGCAAUUAAAUUUUAAUGAAUAUCUAAAAUUUAUAAAUGCUUAAUCUUGGGAUAUGGAAUUUAACCCAAAUUGAAGCCAUUAGUUAUGAAUAAUAGCAAAGAACUGAACUAAAUGAAUCAAUUUAUGUAUUAACAUAAGCCAAUAAAUAAAUAAUGUUAUCAGAUAUAUUUAUCAAUGAUUAUAUAUAAGAGUUACNUUUAGAUGUAGCAACAGAAUUAGCAUUUUAAAAUCAUAUGAGAUCAUUUUAAAAUAAAAUAGAAAGAGCAACAUUAAUGCAUAUGGACUUUUGGUCUUAAUUAUAAGAAGAUUCACCUGAUUUAGGUAAAAUGAAUGAUAUUGGUGCUAAAAUUAAUUUAGCUAUUACUUAAGUUGAAGAAUUAUGGAAUAAAAUGUAAAAAAUGACUUAAAAUUUACCUAAAGCUAUGAGAUUAUAUGGAAAAUUUAUUAUUGAAGUAUUAUAAGAUAAAGAUUAUGGAGAAGAAUUAUUAGAAAAAGCGAAAACAUUAUAAAUUUAAAAUAAUAAAAUGAAAAAUAAAUCUCAAAUUUAAAUCUUUAAUUGUGAAGAUAUUAUUUUUGAGUCUCUUCCAACGUUAAUUGUAUCUGUUUAGAAUGAAAAAUUUGCUUAAAUUACUAGUUUAAAUUUAAGUGCUUGUAAUUUAUUGGGUUAUCAUAAAAAUGAAUUAUUAAAUAGAAGAAUAAAUAUAAUCAUACCAUCAAUUUAUGCAAAAUUUCAUGAUUAAUUUAUUGAGAGUUUUUAAGAACUAAAUGAUUCUUCAAAGACAUAAAGAGAAAAACUUAUUUAUUUAAGAUUAAAAUCAGGAUACAUAUUGCCUUGCUAUUUAUAGUUAAAAAUGCUUCAAUCAGCUGAAGAAAACAGCUAAUUAGUAGUUUAAUUUAAGAAUUUACGUAAUUUUAAAAAUUCCUGUUAUAUUAUUUUAGAUGCAGAUGAAUCUAUUGAGAGUGUCUCAUCUUCUUGUAUUUGUAAUAUAUUUAUAGAUCAGAAAAUGAUUAGCCAUAAAAAGAUAUUUAUUUAAGAGAUUUUUCCUAAUUUUAAUAGGAAUGAUUAUUUAAAUAAAAAUGGGUGUAAAAUUUGGUUAAAUUUAUAGAAUUCUUUAAUUUAGAAUUCCAAUUAUAUAUAAUAUUACAUUAAUGAUAUGGAUGAAACUUAGAUAGAAUUUCAAAUUUAGUUAAAUGAAAUUGAAAAUGAAAAAAUAGGUUAAGUUUUUGGUUAUGUAAUUAAAUUAGAGAAGAUAGUUGCUAAUUAAAGUUUUUUAGUUACUCCUGAUAUAGUAUAAUAAUUAGCGAUUCCAAAUUAAAGUUGUAAUAGUUUUUAAUUUAAAUAUUAUCCGAAUAAAGCAUUAUUUGUAGGUGAAAAUUAAGAUGAAAUUAAUUCUGCUCGUGUAGAUCAGACUGUAAUAUGGGAAUAUACAUCUAGGACAAGUGAAGAAACUUAAGAAGAAAAAAAGAUGGUAAAUGAAGAAAAUAAAACAAAUAAAAUUAAUUAUGCUGAAGGUAUAAGAACUCUUAAAUUGUUUGAAAAUAGAAUAUAAGAUUUAGAGGAUAUAAAAUUAGAUUGUUCAGAAUAAGAUGAAGAAUAACACUCAAGUGUAUUUUAAAGAAACUAGGAUAAUUAAGAUGAAAUAGAGUUUGGAUAAAAACAUAAUAUAUUUCGUAAUCGAAAAUCAUUAAGUUCAGCAAUAAAUAAUUAACAAAUUCCAAAUGUUAUGGUAUAUUUGAGUUGGAUAAUUAAUAUUUUGAUGUUGGGUGUUUUAUCUCUAUCUUUUACAUCUUAUUUUGUUGGAUUGUUCUUAUUUUAAAAUAUCCAAGAUUCAUUAAGUUUAUUAGCUUAUGCUACAACAAGAAAUUUAGAAUGCAAUUAAAUUUUAAUGAAUAUCUAAAAUUUAUAAAUGCUUAAUCUUGGGAUAUGGAAUUUAACCCAAAUUGAAGCCAUUAGUUAUGAAUAAUAGCAAAGAACUGAACUAAAUGAAUCAAUUUAUGUAUUAACAUAAGCCAAUAAAUAAAUAAUGUUAUCAGAUAUAUUUAUCAAUGAUUAUAUAUAAGAGUUACAUUCAAAAAGUGUAGUUAAUGUUAGAAUUACAAAAAAUAAUUUUGAAAUGUAUGAUUUAAUUGAAGCAACUUAAUAAAUAAUUAGUAAAGCUUUGAUUAUUAGAGAUAAGGAACUUUCUAAGAUUAAUGAAGAGGAUGAAGAUACAAGUUUUAUUUUAUAUAAUUUAUUUAAUGAUAUUGUAUUUUAAUAUCGAAAUGAAACAGGGUAAUAUUCAUAUGGAUUAUAAGAUGUUGCAUAAAAUAACAUUGUUAUAUUUUUAAUAUUAUUAAUUGUUGCUGGUUGCUCAUUUUUUAUAUUAUUAAUUUUAAUAAUAUUGUUUUUGAUGGAAAUAAAUUAAAUUUAAGAAUAAAUACUUUAAUUAUUUAUAGAAAUACCUGAAAAAACAGUUAAAUUUUUAUAUAAUAAGAGUGAGAAUUUUAUAUCAAAUUUAUAAAUUGGUGAAGAGGAGGAGAUAUCAUCAGAAAUGAGUGAAGAAGAGAAUGAAGAAGCAAAAGAAUUAAAUAGAUCAUUGAGAUCUAAGAGAAGAAAGAAAUUACUAAAAAAUAGUAAUUCAUUUUUUCGAAUUUAAUCAAUGAUAGCAAUAUUGGUUGUAUCAAUGUUUAUAAGUUAUUUUAUAAUGAAUUAUUUUUUAAAUGAGAUGACUUAUAGUAAUUUAAAUCAAUAAAUACCAGAGUUAAAUAUAACAGCAAGAUCUGGUUCAUUUUAUAGAUAUGUUGAUAAUGCUGAGAGAUAAUUGUUUUUGAAUAGAGAGGAUCCAAUAUUAUUAUAAGAUGCAUAUUUAGCAGUAGUGAGUAAUAUAUAAUAAAACUAUGAUUUGGAUUCUAUUUUACAUUAGGAACAUGCAUAGAACUCUGAUAUAAUGAAUGCUGAUUAUUUUGAGACAUUUUAGAUGAUGUUUAUGUAAAAUCCUUGUUAGAUUUUCAUAUAACUUAAGUACACAGAUUUGGAAUAUUGUGAGAAUUUCGCAAGUGGUUCAAUAUAGUAAGGAAUGGCAGUAGGAAUAGCUAGAUAUUUUGAAAAUAUAAGAUAUUUAAUGACAAUGUAUGAUAUGUUUUAUGGUCAUCCAGAAGUGAAUUUUACAGUUGCAGCAAGAGGAUGGGGAGUAUUUAGAAAUAUUACUUAAGAUUCUGAUAAUGUAACUAAUUACAUAUAUAAUUUGAAUAACUUUAAAUAAGCAUCAGAAGCAAGAGUAAUGCAGAAUAUUUUUAUUAAAGGUAUUUGAGGAAAUAUGAUUAAUAGGGACAUUUAUAUAUUUGGUUGAACAAUUUAUAAAAGGGUUGAAAGAUGAUAUAAGUUUAACUUAGACUUAAUUAUUAGCCAUAUUCAUAGUGUUUGAAGUUUUAGUAUUUUUAGUGUACUUCAUAGGAUGGUAUCCAGCAUCGAUUAGAAUGAUUAGAGAUUUUUGGAGAACUAAAGGAUUAAUUAUGAUGAUACCUUUAAAUGUCAUAUUAAAGAUUAAAUCUAUUAAAGGAUAUGUUGGAAAUCUGGUGCUAGGAUCAGAAUAGUGA